UUCAGAUCGAUCGAAAUCUAACCUCUAGCUAACAGGUAACAGCUAGCUUAUAUAUAUAUACUAGCUAGUAUCUCCUACGUUCGUCAGCGAUAAACCGCGAUGAGGGAGCUGAUCCGGCGGCUGAGCUUCUCGGAUCGGGUGAGCGAUGGCAACAACGGCGGCGUGCCGCGCGGGUGCGUGCCGGUGCUGGUGGUGGGCAACGGCGAGGAGGAAUGCGAGCGGUUCGUUGUGAGGGUGGAGGCGCUGCGGCACCCGUCGCUGUCGGCGCUGCUGGAGAUGGCGGCGCAGGAGUUCGGGUACAAGCAGGAGGGCAUCCUCCGCGUGCCCUGCGCCGUCCACCAGUUCAGGCAGGCCCUGACCACCGCCGCCGUCUCCAAGAACUACUAAUUAGUACUAAUUAAUUCUUAGUUAAUCCAUCGGUUGACUUCUUCGGGUAAUUAAGGAGCGAUUCCUUGGUGCUGUUGAAUAGUUGACUCUCCUACACCACGUUUCUUCUCUCUUUGCCUUUUGAUUUCUCUGGUUGGUCAAUGACAUGAGAAGGUUGCCAUAUGUAUUGUGCACUUUGUAAUGCACAUUGUAAUUUACGGAUAGACAUCCUGUCAUAUAA